AUAUGACAUCAGUGUAUUUUGUAAGAAUGUGGAAAUUAUACUUUUAAAUGACCCUUGAAAGUUCACCGCGCACGGAUCGAGACAGGGGUAGACAGGUCACCGCGCAUGCAAGGUGCAAAUGUUUGUGUACUAGCCGGGGAGUUCAAUCCGGUGAUUAGUGUAAACCACGUUUUUGGAAAUGUCACGGCGAAAACAGUCCAACCCAAAGCCGAUAAAAAGGUUGUCAGAAAAUGAAGACAGUGACUCUACCAUGGAGAAAGAAUUGUCAGUUGACGAAAAUGGGGACGAUAAAAUAAAUGACCCCUCAAAUGAAUCCAAGGACAUAUCAGACGAUCGACCGGAACCGGAAGACGGUUCAUACUCAAAAGAGUCGAAAGAAGAAAACCAUGAUUUACAAACAAGCAUCGUGAAGAAAGAGGUUUCUGAGGGCGAAAUGAUUUUGGAAAAUGGUAACACAGAGUAUUUGAAGAGAGUUAGUGUGCCAAACAAUAUCUUAUUUGUAAAGAAACUUGAUGAAGAGGACGCAAACAUUGCAGGUCGUUCCUGUCUUCUCUUUAGUGCUAUUCCUUUACCUUCCGGUAGUUGUAUCGGUCCGUUCAAGGGAGAAAUUGUCUCCCUUAGCUCCAUUAAACAAGGGGACCUCGUUCUACAGGCCCAAGAGAAAGAGGGAGAAGCUGGUUUUGUUAGGGUUCUGUGUGAGAAUGGAGCUUGGCUGUCGCUUCUCCGCCCCGCCCCUAGUGAAUCCGCCAAAAACGCUUCAGUGUAUUUUGAAGAUGGGAAAAUCUGGUGUGAAAUUGUGAGUGACUUGAAUCCAGGAACGGAGCUUUUAGCUUCUUUUACAAUUAACUCGAACAACGAACCGGAAAGUGACGUAACGGCUCCGGAGACGCAGACGAUUGAGGAAGGAAUGGAGACGACUCAAAUACAGAGAGUAGAAGAACCCCUACCUAAGAGUUCCCCAGUUCUGGAGAAACCAGUCCCUUCUCAUGCGGCAUUACUGUAUGGUUGCCAGUUUUGUGGAGUCCGCUUCAGCAGCCUAAGGACUCUCCAAGGACAUCUUACCUUCUACUGCUCCAAGAAACCUCAACUUCCGGUACAUUCGGAACAGCUCGGAGAGAAAGAUGGCGCGGAAAAUGAUACACCACCAACAGGAUUGCGAACUGGAAAGAAAAGAACUCUAUCGGAGCGAUCACAGAGUCCAGAUGCUAAGCUAUCAACACCCAGCCCUAGCAAAUCUGAUGUAUCCUCCGAAACAGACGGCAUACCAGCUAAAGUGUCGAAACCAGAGAUCUUUAAGUGUGACAUGUGCUCAUACAGCAUUGACAAACUAUCAAGUCUUAACCGCCAUAAGAGGAUUCAUAACCGGGGAGAUAACUCGGUCAUGGAGCCACAACCCAUUGCAGCUAAGCAAGACACAUACUGCAAAGACUGCAAUAUUCAAUUUUCAUCAUUCAGCACAUUUAAGUGUCACAAAGAAGUAUAUUGUUCAAAGCGAUUGGUUGGAUUAGGAGCUAGUUCACCCUCUCCUGGAUUACUUAGUUCCAGCGGUGACCCUGGCCGGGUCAUGCUCUCUCCCUCUACCCUCCAACAAGCUAUGUUUAGUGCAAACUCUAAAGCAAGCUCAGGACAACCACGUGUUAUUCUAGCUCCACCGAUCCUAGUCUCCUCCAAAGAAUCUGCAGACAUUAGCUACAGUUAUCCAACAGUUAUUGUGCAACCUGUGUUACCGACUUUAUCGCAACCAAAAGCAAUAUCACGAGAACUUACAGAAGUUCGAGAUUCCUCAUCAAGGAGCUCUCCUGAUAUGCCUCUGGAUUUAAGCACCACGAAGUCGGACACACCAAAGACUUCCAUAUCAACUGUUUCCACCGUCAAAGAAGAAGUGGAGGAAGAACAAACAAAGGAGUUGGAUCUCUCUGUCAAAGUAAAAGAGGAAAGACUCAGUCCAAAGUCUACUGCGUCGAUGUCUCCCCCGUCACGACAGAUGGUGACACCGAAAUCUUCAUCAGGCUCGCCUCAUAGUCAGAGGAGUGAAGAGCACUCCAUGUCGGAGUUACCUCGCCUGAUGGCAUCCCCAGUUCCACCCCUCAUCACAGUACCCCAGCUUUCUUUCAUGGGGAAACCAGUUCCCCCUGUUCCCCACUCUGUUAGCAAAUGCACUGACUGUAAUAUCGUCUUCUAUAAAAGGGAGAAUUACAUGAUACACAAAAAACAUUACUGUUCUAGUCGACAAAACAAAUCCCCAUCUGAGGAUGAGGAUGGAAGCAUUGAUCUGCUGGCAAGACGUAAUACACGGGUUAUUGCAACGCCAGAAAGAACACGUUCUUCUGAAAGUUCUGAGAAAUCUCCUCAAACUAAUCAAGAAACGAAGGAACAGUCAACCUUUAGUAAAAAUGGACAAUCUCCCCUAACGGAAAAGUCGUCAACAUCCAGACCACGAGAAACGGAGGAUAUUAUCUAUCGGUUUUACUGUAUUCCUUGUAAAAUAAAAUUCAGUUCCGCAAGUACGCUGCAGGCUCACAAGGAAUUUUAUUGUCCACAUGGAAAAGAAAGUGAGCACACGGUAUUGGGUAAAAAUAAAAUAGAAGGGAAAACCUCUCCUAAAUCGGACGAGGAGAUCAUUAAGUGUCCAAGGUGUGAUACAGUAUUUCCUUCUGCCCGACACUUAAAACUUCACUUUUGUGCUGGCGUUUCCGGUCAAAUGCCGAUAUUCCGAUGUAUCUACUGCGACUUUGUCACCCAAACAGAAACGAGGCUCUCGGAACACAUGAAAGCACAUAUGCCCAACAAGGCCUAUCGCUGUACUCUCUGUGGAUAUCGCGGGAACACAGUUCGAGGGAUGAGAAUGCACGGGAAGGUCCACUUGGACAACGGCGAAGAUUUUACAGAUGAUCACAUGAUAGAAAUAGAGGAACCACCGCUCAUGCCAGUGAAACUUAGAGAUCAUAUGUCUUCAGAAACUGGGCCUAUUGAUGUAGAAGCUGAAUUAAUCCGUAUGAAAAAUGAACCGUACAAAAGAAGACGAUCUCGGAAAUCUUAUGAAAAAGCAGAGCACGCCUCUUCCAUUCCUAGAAAUAUUUCUACUAUGUGCAUGUACUGUGGUCAAAUGUUUACAGACUUGUCUAAUUUUGCUAUGCAUUUGAAACUUCAUGAAAUGAUAGCACUUCAAGCAGCAGGUGUACAAAAUUACAAAUGUCAAUAUUGUACUUCAGUUUGUGACACCUUCGAAUCUUUGAUGGCGCAUGUGUAUAACAAACACCCAGAGAAAAUUCCUCGAGAGCAGUCUAGUCCAGGAUCGAAUUCUCGAUCAAGUCCGGGUACCUCCAAAUCUCCUGAAAUAGAGAGAAAAUCAUCUCCUCAGCCGGAGAAAACAGUUGUAAAAACUGAACCACCAUCGUCUGCUGACGAAGAUUCACAGCAAACAAGAGAUCAUGAACUGGUUUCUGUGAAGAGAGAAGCCGUGGAUAAUACCAGCGAGGAGAGCGGUGACACAGAGAACAUGCCCAAAGAGUCGUUGACCCCUUCCAAGAGGGUCAAAGAAGAAAUGGAGAGUGAAAGUUCGCGGUCACCAUUAGAAUCAUCAAGUGAAAACAGAGAUUUCCCAAAGAGUGCUUCCUGUUCGCCGCGUUCUCUAAAGUCCCCAACUAGCCGCGAUUCCAUGCCAAAAAUCAAAUUAGAAAACCAAGAAUCGACUGAAAAGAAGUCAUCAUUAAUCGUUCCUCGUGUGGACCCCCAUAUGAUGCCAUACUAUCACGUGGUUCCCGCCUUUCACAUGCUCCCGAGUAUGGUGGGCCCUGUGACGUCACAGGUCUCUCACUCCCCUAAACGGGCUGAUAAAUACUGCAGGCAUUGUGACAUUACGUUUACCUACAAAAAUUCUUACCUAGCUCAUAAAAAGUACUAUUGUAGUGCAAAUAUGGCGGAAGAUAUGGCAUCUCCUGCGCAAGCAUAGAUCUAUUUAUUAUAUAUUUAACAUUCCAUUCAAAGAAAUGUAUUUGGUGCAAAACAUUAUGGACAUUUAAUUAAAUUGCUUUUGUAUAUACUAAGUACUAGAGUCUUGAACGAGUGGUGAAUUGAAGCCGCGAUAGAUACUUUUAAUUAUACAGAAAUGUUAUACAUUAUUUUAAUUGGUGCUUCAACCCCGGGGCUUCAUACAGAUCCAUUUUAUAUUUUUAUUAGUUGAUUCAAAGUUAUUUUUGUUGAAGAAGCGUUCUUUCGGUUUGUUUAGUGAUUAUUUAUUGUUAUGUGUUCAUAUUUAAUCUGUUUCUAAAAGUGAAAAAUAAAAUAAAAAAAAAAGCAA